AUGGAGAAUAGAGAAUUUGAAGAACUGAGUGCUAAUUCUAAAAAGUCUGAUAGACAUAAAUCAACUCCAAUAUAAGCUUAUUUUAACUUUGUGAAAUCUAAUUUAGGAAUUGGUAUAUGAUUAUAAAACAACAUAUGCAGGAGCUAUUGUAUUACCUUUUGUAACUUAUUCUGUGGGAUGGUUUUGGUCAAUAUUUUUAUUUUUGCCAGUUGCCUUUAGUUGUGUUUAGUGAUAUAUAUCUUAAUAAUUUUAGAUCAAGUAUUUUAUUGAUUGGAGUUGCUGAUCAUUUGGCAGUGGAUAAAAUUUUAUAUGCCGAUGUUAUCCGUAUCACUUUGGGCCUAAAGUGGGCGUUCUCUUUGGACAUAGCAAUUGUAUUACAAUUGGUUGGCAUAUGCAUAGCCUAUUUAAUAUUUUUGACUGAAUCUGUAACACAAUCUCUAUUAUCGAUUGGAAUUGAAUUUGAGAAGUGGCAAUCAUUAUGUAUGACAUUGCUCAUUAUCUUCCCUUUAUCUUAUAUAAAGAACAUCCACUUCUUUCAUUUAACAAGCAAAUACGGAUUCUAUGCUGCCAUAAUGGGUUUCAUAGUGGUGCUCUAUGAUUGCUCCAUAAGGUUCUCUAAAGGAUUGUACAGUUUUGAGAAUGCCAUCAAUAUUAGAAGUAAGUCAAUAGUUUUUAUAAGAAAAGGCUCUUUUCAUUACGUUGGAGUGGCCAUUCUCUGUUGCGAAGGCAUAUUAACCAUACUACCAAUCCGAGACAGCAUGGUCAAUAAGCUAGACUUCAAAAUGGUUGCAAUUAACAGUAUGAUUACUGCAUUUGGAAUCUCCAUUUUCAUAGCUUUGAUUGCUGUUCCAACAUAUUAAUCAGACAUAAAACCCAUCCUUAUUUUUAAUUUAGAAGUAAUUCCCAUUAUAAAUAGAGAAUCCUUAUCUAUAAUUCAUUUCAGUGGUGUUCUAUUCUAUCAGUUUAUUAUUAACAUAUCCUUUAUAAUUGUUUCCAGCGGUGUAAAUAAUUGAGAGAAUGAUUUUAGAGAAGUAAUCCUAUUAGGAAGUUCCAUAAUAACCCUAAAUUAAUGAAUUUGAAAAUAAUUAAAUUGAAAAUAAUAGAGAAGAUUCAAUGUUUGCAGAUACAAAAAUACAAAUUGCGAUAAGAACUUUGGCAAUGAUGUGCAUAUAUUUAAUAGCUUACUAUGUUCCACAUUUGUCUCACUUUUUGAAUUUCAUGGGAAGUAUUUUUGGAUCACUAUUAUAAGUAUGAUAGAUUGAUAUAUAAGUUCUGCUUCCCUGUAUUGGCCCAUAUGAUUCACUUCAAGAAAACAUCUGAGCCUUAACCUAAAGCAACUUAUACGUUUGUUUUAAUAGUAGCAAUUUUAGCAAUGGUUUUGGGUUCAAUAGAAUCCUUAAGAGCCAUGAUGUGA